UUAUUGUGGGAGGGAAACAUACCAAAAUGUGCCCUUUUCUAGGAUGCAUCAUCUCUUACACCUUCCUGGAAACUACACAAAGACAUAGUAAUAAUUGGAAGGGAGAAAAAUAUAAGGAUGAAAAAACCCACUCUCUUUUAAAUGAUGAAAGAUCAUACUUCUGUGUCACUUUCCACAUCAUCAUCUGAAAAUAUUUUUCCAGAGUUUGAAAACAUUUGUGAAGGAGGGGCCAGUCUUCCGAGAGGUAUCUGUAACUUUUUUUAAAAAACAAAACAAAACAACAAAGCAAAGUUCUUCCCUCCCCACUCCCUUCUCUUUUUUUUAAGGAGAGAGAGAGAGAGAGAGAGAGAGAGAGAGAGGGAGGAGGGGGUAGAGUUUUGAGAAUUUUACUUUUCUAUUCACUGCAGUCCUGGCCAAAGUAAAGCCCUCUUUUACACUGACGUCAAGAUCUUUACUAAGAUUAGGGUUUCAUUUCUCUAUUGCAGCAAUUAGCCAGGGAAUGUAUAAAAGGCUUGAGGGAACCAAGCUAGGACUCCAGAGGGAAAGCACUUCGUACCACAGGCAGAUAGCGACAGGCAGAUAGAGAGAGAGAAAGAGAGAGUGAAAGAAGAGUGGCAGAAGAGAGGCUGAGAAGGGAAUGAACGGGAAAUAGCAGAAAGUUUGUGUACCUAGGCUUUCUGCUCCUCCACCUGUCCCCUCACACACACAAAAAAGAUUGUUUCACCUGAUAGCUUGGGUGAUAAAAAAAAAUUGAGGGAGCUGCCGAGUGCUUAAAUAGCUCAGAGUUAGAGGAAAGUUAGCAAUUCUGCUUCAUUUUUAGAACUGCAGGCAAUUGGCAGCAGAGCCACUCCUCUCAAACAGACUGAAAAGAGCUACUGACUAAGGAGGAACAACAGUAGUUUGACUUAGAGUUUUUGAAAAAUUAAAAGCAGUUCAGGGUGGAAAGACUUUCACGCUGGCAUUUCACAGUUAUGUUUUUUUAAAGCAGCUUUGCCUGAACUGAGAAAACUUUCUGGGAGAGGAGACAGGGGCGCUGAGUCUUUAAGAAGCACCUUGUGAUUUUUCUUUUCUCAUCAUCUUUAUUGCUGCUAUUAUUUAUUACUAUUAUUUUUUAUGAGGGAGCAGGGCAUGGCAAGGGAACUCCAGGGAAGCCACUGAAGAGCAGCCGCAGCAAGCAAGAUGGGUCUGUUAAGUGUGGACCUAUUGAUCACGCUGCAGAUCUUGCCUAUUUUUUUCUCCAACUGCCUCUUCCUUGCACUCUAUGACUCGGUGGUCCUCCUGAAGCACAUGGUGCUUCUCCUGAGCCGCUCCAAGGCUGCACGUGGCGAGUGGCGGAGGAUGCUCACCUCAGAGGGGCUGCGCUGCGUCUGGAACAGCUUCCUUCUAGAUGCCUACAAACAGGUGAAGCUGGGUGGAGAAGCUCCUAACUCCAAUGUAAUCCACAUACCUAGUGGGACUGGUGACAACAGCAACAGCAGCAGCAGGUGGAAAAACUCCAGCGGAAGAUAUGGCAUGGAGUGCCACCUUCUAGACUUUGCCAAAUCGGAGCGCCCACUGGUGGUCAACUUUGGCUCAGCCACUUGACCCCCUUUCACAAACCAGCUGUCAGCCUUUGGCAAGCUGGUGGAAGAGUUCUCCAGUGUGGCUGACUUUCUGUUAGUCUACAUUGAUGAGGCUCACCCAUCAGAUGGCUGGGCUGCUCCUGGUGUCUCCUCCUCUUUUGAGGUAAAGAAACAUAGGAACCAAGAAGACAGAUGUGCAGCUGCUCACCAGCUUCUGAAGCGGUUUUCCUUGCCACCCCAAUGUCAGAUAGUGGCAGACUGCAUGGACAAUAAUGCCAACGUAGCCUAUGGGGUCUCCUUUGAGCGUGUGUGCAUUGUACAGAGACAAAAAAUUGCCUAUCUUGGGGGCAAGGGACCCUUUUUCUAUAAUCUCCAAGAAGUUCGACUUUGGUUGGAGCAGAAUUUUAGGAAGAGAUGAAACCCAAACUUACCACAGGAAGAUAUGUUGAACAUUUCCCCUUUGAAGUGAUGCUAAAGGGAAGUAACUUGCAUCCUGAUUUGAAUAGGCUUUGUUAAAGCCUUGUUACAAAAGAGCAAGCCUAAAAAUGAGGUCAAAUGAGCACAACAGAUGUGAAGCAAACAAACAGAUAACCAUUUUCGCCCUUUCUACCUGGAUUUUCCCCUUGCUCUUCAAGAAUGGAGUCUGGGAAAGUUGUGCCUUUAAGACACGAAGGCUGGUGUGAUGAGAUAUCUGUGCCACAAGCAGACGUUCCUUGUAUUGAGGUGUUUGGCACAUAAGGAGCUGAAAGCAUUUGUUCCAGAAAAGUAGUUCAUUGUGAAAGCUGUACCAUCACCUGAAAUGAAGGGCUAUCCCUUUGUCCUGCUACAUUUUUCCCACUGAAUUUUCAUUCAGCAAAAUAUUAGGAAUCUGAAGUUUGCCAGUGUCACGAAACAGAACUCUUUAUUUUGUGGUAGAGUGGUAUAGAUUCUUAGACAAAAGUUCCAAUAUCUGCUAUGAACUGGCUAGUGAUGCCCUUUUAUUUGCUGACACCAGGAAUUAGAGAUAUUACAGGGUUAGUAUAGCUGCAAUCCUGAAGUUUUAAAUUCAAAGCUGAUGAUGCUAGUUGGUUGGCUGUAAUGUGUUUUGCAAUGGAUGGUUCUGUGAUCCCUGCCUUAUUAUUCAUUGGAUGAAACCAAUAGAGUGUUUUUAUGCUAUAAUUAAGUCUUAAGCAUUUCAUGGCAACACCCAACAUGGAAAUCACUGAUUUUGGGUCUUAAUUUGCAACUGAGAGUUGGAUAACUAUUAUAGCAGAAAGAUCUGUUGUGCCUUAACCAAUUUAGAAAGUGGUAGCUCCAACAUUGUGUUAAAAAAUCUCAUUCAUGAGAAAAGGAUCUUUUUGCAUUUUCAGAACCAAAAUACAUGGAAAUUCUGUUUGUAAAAUAUCAAGGGAUAGUUGUAUGAUGGCUAAGUCUAGUUGGUUACAUCCAGGAUAGCUGAUUUGUGCUUCCCUUUCUUAUAUCCAAACAGUUACAAAACAGUUCCAGAUAUCUUCUGAAAUGCACACUUUGGUGAACUUAAUUUGCUUUUCUCUGAUUAACCAGCAAGGGCAAACUUUUCUAAUGAUUUUGCACUGCAGACAAGAUCAUAAGAUGAACAGGUAAUCCCUUGCCAUCCAAUUCUCCAUUUGAAUAAGUGUCUGGGACACACCAACAUGGCACACAUGGAUCCACUUCCCCACAUCUAGCAAGGAGAACAGGAAUUAAUUUGGCUUUGGAUCUUGUGCAAGGAGAAAGGUAGACUAUAAAUUAAUUAAAUAAAUGAAAACAAGUUAUUCCAACAUUGUGGGAAAUCAAGCAAGGAAAGGUUUUCAACCUUUUCUGGGUCAAUCACAUUUUGUUCAGCUUUUGAAUAAGUGUAAGCAAUAAGAACAUUUUGGAUGUCAUUUCAGGAAGAGAAUGCAGUGAAACAUUGAAUCCAAUACCAUCAAAAGGAACCAAUGAAAGCAUUAUUUCAUAUGAUAUUUUUCCUACACUGAGAUAAUCUCUGAGCAGGGAGAAACAUCUAUACAUUGGAGUGCAUUGUAAGAGUAUCCUGUGUAGGAAAGAUAUUGUGUGUAUUCCAAUUUUUGGGAGAGAGUAGAGAAAGAAAAGCAAGGUGGGGAUAGAAGUCACAUAUUGCGAGCAAUCUGUUGUGUAAGACAUCAUUUUUGACAUUGGGAUCUGUCCAUGGUCUCAUGAACCUAUACUUACUCCUUGAUAUUUAUUUGCAUUCACAAUUACACAAGGUCAUAUCUAACAAAAAAUGAACUUGGCUAGUGGUAGCCCUGGAUGCAUGGAACUGAAACAAUUUAUUUAUCAGCGUGCUUGCUUUCUUUUCGAAAGAAAAACAACAGUACAAUUAGGAUUAUGAGUUACAGUGUAAUUCUUUUUUAAAAAAAAUGAAAAUAAUUUAUUGCAUUUGGAAACAAUAAUGCAGAAAGAGUAUUUUUAUGUGAGGGAAAAGAAAGGGGAUGGGGUUACAAACCACUUUACCUCAUUGGUAUUGGGAUUUUUUCCAUUCUUUAAAUAUAGUAGGGUUGAUCUUUCUUGCUGUCUAUCCUAGCAGCCUGCAGUUAGUUUAGGAUGAUACUCAUUCAGUGACAUUAGUUUAGCCCCAAAUAUAUCUCAGCUUCAGAGUCAAUUGACUUCAGUAGUAUUUUAACCUAUCUUCUGUUCUCAAAGGAAGUUUCUUAAAAGGAUCAUGUUGGUUGCACAGGCACCCCUCACCCCCAAUCACUGAGAGAAUGAAAAGGAACAGAAGCAGAUGGGAUUUCUUAAGAAAGGAAAAGGAGAGAAAGUGAAGAGAUUUUGAAAGGGACACUGAAUACAAUUCUUUGCAAAGGGUUUUUUUUUUUUUUUGCACAAGAUCCAUUGGAAUGAGACAGAACUUGCCACUUAAAGAUGUGACACUUUUCAUAGACUUCAGCCUGCUUCAUUAAAAAAUAUAUUUAGGAGAACAUCUUAGUGGAUUGUGUCCACUCUAUGUUUGGGGUAGAAGAACAUAGGGAUAAUAUGGGCUCUUGUCCUAUUGGCCAACAAACAAACAAAACCAAUUGAUAUUACCUCCAGUGAUAUUUAGAAGUGAUAUAUAGAAGUAUUCCUUUUCUCCCCUUAAGUUGACAUUGCCUCUUCAUUUGUGCAUUUUGAAUAUAUUUUUGUUUUGAUUUGUAUCAAUUCAGCUAAUGCAUAAGGCAUUUUAGAACGUGCUUUUCUCCACUGCAGCUAUGCAGACUUGACAGUGAGGUAUGCAUGCUAUUUUUUCUCUAUCCACCUUCAUUCCUUCCUCCCUUUACACAGACAGGUCAUGGGGACACACAAAUACUGAGGAAGAAUGUCGGGGAAGCUGGGAAGGCAUAAACAGUGAAAAGCUGAGAGCUGGAGGGCAAAGAGGUGACAGAUGUUCUCUCAGUUCAGAGUAACACAAAGAUGUAAGGUAGAAGAAGAAAAGAGGGGCAGUGGCAUGGAAUGUGGGAUUCACUAAAGUGGGGUGAAGGAGAUGUGACUACAAGUAAGGAAAGUUAUUGAGCAGUGAGUCAAUAUGUAUGGAUGAACCACUGGACUUUCCCGAUUAUAGUAUGUGAACUAUAUUUCUUAUCAAAGAUUUCCAAAUACAUUCUUCAUCAUUCAUCUUCUAAUUAUUGGAUUUUUUAAAUCCUUAGUUAAAAUGAUCUGUGUUUACUCAGAUGUAUACUGAGUAAAUAUAGUAUAAAUAUCCAAAUAAAUAACUGCUGAAAUAUGCCAUCCUUACUAUUAUUAAUGGGCCUUAUUCAUGGGUUGCUCCCUUUAACACUGCCACAGAAAUCUCUGGGAUGCCAAUGUACUUAAAACUGGUUGGAACAUCAGUUUUUUGAGUUAACCAGCCCAAGAUCCAUGUGUGUGUGUGUAUAUACACAUACACACAAGUUUUCAAAACAAUUUUAAAAUCAAAUGCAGCUCUGUGUAUGAACAAAAAGAUCCCAAGACUCUUGUGGUUCCUUAGAAUCCUAGAUUUAUUGUGGCAUAAAUAUUUUGCUUAGGUUUUAUCCGUUAGUCUCCAAUAUGUCACAUAAUGGUUAUACAACCAAGUUUUAUACAUAUUCAUCCAAAGUAAACCCUCAGUACAUUCAGCGGGAGGAACAGACCAUAGGCAGGUUCAUUCAGUAGUCUAUAAAAAUCCAAAUAAAAUGUUUAGUCACAUUUAAAUUUGUUAUAUCAUUUCAAGGUUCCUCUCUUAAGGGGGAAUGAAACAUCCAGUACACAUUUUAUUUCCUCAGUGAUUUAUAUAAUUAUAUUUAUUUAUUUCCUCUUCCAUGUCUUUUUGUGUUUUUGAUCAUUUUUCAUUUCAUGUUGUUUCUAGGUAUAUGUUGGGGAAACCUAACAACUAAACAACCUAACCAAAGUACUGUUCUGAAUAGACACAAAUGUUGGUUUCUUUCUCCCCUUUUCUAUCCUUAUUCUCUCUUGACUUUUGAAAACAUUAAAAAAAUAUAUAUUUCUGAAAAAAUCCUUUUCUUUCUCAUUUGAAUUCCAUGGAUAGAAAGACAAGGUAUUUUUGUGACUGUUAGAACAUACCUUAAACUCACAUGAGAGAUUGAGAGUGACUAAACGGUAAUACAGAUUUGCAUAUCUAAAGUCACAGCAAUUUUGCAUGGCUAUUUUCUGCUUUUUCUGUUUUCAUUAUUCUGGCUUUUUCUUAUGUGCAAAAUGCUUGUUAUUCAUAGAUGUGUGUUCCCCUUAUAGUACAAGGAUUAUGAAAAUGGCUUUUGUCAACAGAAAAUCCACCAGCUUUCUAUCUUUCCCAACAACACGCAUUUGUGACCCAUUUCACAAAUUUAAUUACGCCCAUGAACCAGAAAAAAUAAUUACGAUAGAGACGUACCUGAAAUAUGUCCUAAGAAACAACAGAUGCCACAAGAAGGAAAUAUAAAUUUUAGCACCCCACAAGGACAUUGGGAGGAAAAGGUAUUUUAACUUCCUGAUUUAAAUUCAAUUUCCUUCAAGGUUUUAUAUUAUUAAGAUGUAUCAUUUUCUUGUCAACUAGUAGGAAAUGGUUUUAAAGUUCAAAGACAACCUGUUACAAUUAAUGAAAGAAAAAUAGGAGAGACCUUAGACCACAUAGAGCAAAUACCAGUAUCUACAAGCAGAUCAGCAAGGCUCAAAGAAAAAGAAAAAACAGACUGCAAGGCUUGAGGUAUAAGCAUAACAGUAUUUCAGAAUCAACAUGUUCUAAUUUAAUUGCCUAGCUGCAUUACACAGCUAGCUGGCUUCUGUAGAAGGGAGGAUGCAAGUGUAUAGAUGGAUUUUCCACAUUUAAAUUCAUUUUGGUCAUAGGCUAAAAAGAUUUUCCCCACCCCGCGUAGUUCUCUGUGUCACUUACAUUUUUGUCCCACUAAUAGGAGGUUAAUUCUUGGAUGAGUAUUACAAGCUAUGGUUGAGAAGGGCUAACUCUGUGGCCAUGUAGUUUGCAUUUACAUGUUCUGGAUAGGCAGAGGCAGCAAAAUAAAUAUUACAUAAGAAGAUAUACAUUUGAACAUUAUUGUAGUAUGCACUGGGCCAGAUCAACCUAAAGGCCAGUGUGGUGGUGAAGAGUUUUUUUUAAAAUGACCUUGGGUUGGGUUUUUAAACUUAAAGUACUAUACACCCCAUUGAUUUAAGUGGGUCCACUCUAAGUAUGACCGAGUCUGUAUACAAUCUUCCAUAUAUAAUAUCAAGCCUAAGCUGCUGCCUGGGAGACUAACCUCUGCUUCAGAGCUUGAGUUAUGGGGCAGGCUUGUGAAAAAGUAGGUUGCACACACCAUCACACAUUAGAACAGAGCGUAAGAAAGCAAGAUACCUUAUAUUAAGAGUAUAUGGUUAAGUUAAGCUUCUCGUGAACUUAACUGGUGUUCUGUAUGUGACCUUUUGUGUUGCCGAAUGUUGGAUUUAGAUCUUAAAACCUGCAUUCAAUAAUAUAACCAAAGCAAUAAAAGAUGUAUUGAGUAGGGAAUACAGGCCAGUCAUAUUCAGCUCUUCACCACAUUCAACGCAGGACCCAUAUUGACCAAACUUUGGCUGGACCUAAGACUUGGUAUGAAAGGUUGAGAGGUGAGGAUGAAGCAGAGCUGUUGGUGUCUUUAUGAAGAUCACCAACAAAAGAGUGUCUCAUUCAGUUGGUGUUCAGAUGUCUUAGCACUGGCAUUUCUCUUUGUCUUUCCCUCUCCACCUUCAGAAAUGGGAACGUCUUUGAAAUCAAUAUAAUAUGAGUCUUGGGUCAAUGUGGUAGGGAUUCAUUUGUUUUGUGUGUAUGCAUGUAUCUUUGUUUAGAUGUUACAAAUACACUCUGUAGAAAAACAAGCAAAAUGUUACAAUAUUGGUGCUGCGUGGACCAUGUACUUUAUAGAACUGUUUUCCCCUUGUAUUUUAAUAAAAGUGGAAGAAAAGAA